AUGAAUGAUAUCGAUACACUCUACAACUUACCUGACGAUGUGAUGAUCUACAUUAUCGCGUUUCUUUCCGUUCCUGAUAUCCUUCUCCUCCGCCAGAUAUGCAAAUGGUUCAACGCACUCACAAGACUACACAUCAUCUGGACAAAUGCAUACAAACUCGAUAUCAUCUCCAAUGACUACCCCAUUCCCGUCGAUGACACCGAUCUUGAACAGCGCACGCGCCAUGCCUACCAACUCGCAACUCGAUGGCGAGCAGACCCUCCUCUGAUAUCAGCAAGCGAGACAAGUUUCACUGGCUCGCCAUUAUCCGAAAUCAAGAAUCUGGUCGGUACUGACGAUCUAGGAUAUCAUGCACGGGGGGCACAAGUGCUCGGAGUGGUCGCCAAGAGGCACACUGUUCAGUGGGGUGAAGCUGAACACGGAUACAGAGUCCGAGGCGAGCAUCGCUGUGGCGUUGGAUGGAGGAUCGCGCUCCUGCAUCUGGACGACGAUGGAGCACUGCAUGAAAUCCACUCAUUCGACAUCGACCUCCAUCCAGUUACCCUCACUGGUGAUAUCAUAGCCCUCAUCGACAACUUCUCUAAGACACUGAUCUAUAAUUGGAAGACCGAUGAGCAGGCCUGCCUCGAUGAAGGAGGCGACAUGCAGUACGGCCACUGCAUCCAAGUCAUCUUCACCGCGCUAACCGUCCUCGUCAUCCGCGCACGCUCCACCAACUUCUACACUACCCUGCCCUUCCUCCACGGACAAACACACUCUCCCGUUACCUCCCACUCUUUUGGCUGGGUCGCCGGUGCCAGUGCAACAUCCUCAUCGGUCCUCAUCCGCUCCAAGAUUGAUAACUCCUGGAUAACAAGGUUUGACUUGUUCAAACUUAUCUCUUCCUUCCUGCCAACCUUCACCAGCGAAAACCCCUGCCGACGCGGCACUCUUCAAUGCACAGAUGUCAUACUCUGGAAACGUGGGACUGCUGUAUGGAUACGGACCCAUGAUCCUGCGAUGGCCUUCCCCUCCGAAGAACACUAUGGGCACGAGACUCUCAUGGCUGCCGUAUUCCCUGGCACGCUGAACCCCACUGCUCGACCCCGUGUUCGAGAGGUGUGUUCAAACCCGUUGAAUAACUGGACCGCGUUGGAUUACGAUGAAGAACUCGGGAGAAUAGCCCUCGGGUCGGGGUUUGGGAAGAUUACAAUUGUCCAGUUGUAG